AGGACGAUGACGGACAGGACUUAUGGUCCACCAUCCUGAGCGAAGUAUCUACCCAUUCAAGAUCUAAGCUACCGUCGGGGAAAAAUGUCCUGGUCAUGGGUGGGUAUCUGUGAACGUCUCCUGGUUUAGCUUGAAAUCCCCCUUAAUACUGUUCCAUGGCAAAGCUAGCUUGCGCUGGACCGAUGGUGCUUUUGUGUUCAAGCCUGGCAGAGAGAGGGAGAAACAGACAGGUGUGUCUAGCAGAGAGAGAUACUGGUUUAUCUUGGUGCCUGCGUGUACACACACACACACACACAUAAUCACUCCCCCAUCAUCUUAAGAGGGAGAGAAUCGGGCCGCUUUGAAGCACUGCAAGUCAUUCUAGCGGGCAGUGGAGCUAGUAGCAGCUAGGUGGAGAUGAUGCUGAGGGGACCAAACCAUCAUCAGCCUCUUGAAGGCGGCCACGGGGCUUUCACGUGACCGAGGAGGACGAGAGGGCGCAUCCCAAAUCUCACUCGGUCCUCGUGUUCCGCUGCUCUCCACACACAAACACACGCUGCCUACACGACACAUCCGCUGGGGAUAAUCCGCAGCCUGAUACCCAUUCCGGCGAAUCAGCGAUUUGGUUCCCGUCGGAUGGCUUUCCUGUUUUUCUGUCCAUGUCAACGUCAGCACGCUCUGCUUUAGGAUGCAUUGAGUCCCCCCUGUCGACAUGAUAGUGCACAGUGCAGGAGUUAAUGCAGCCAUGACCUUUACAGUAUUCACAAUAACAAUAACAAUGUGAUGCUGCCAGCGCUGAGGUUAGCAAUGAUGACAAGACGACUGCAGCUGCAGUCCUUUGUCGAUAUGUAUGCACAUAAUGCAGGAUGCUCGGGCUGUUUGAUCCUUAAUGAAAACAGAAAACUCUCCAUAAUGAAGCGGUGUGGCUUUAGUCAAGUGGUUUGUUUACAGUGAUGAGAUGAUUAAUCAAAUAAGUUAUUGACAUCAAUUUUACCUAAUUGCAAAAAAUAUAUAAGGAUCCGAUGCCUUUUGUUGUCCCUUCUGAUAGUAAACUGAAUAUAUUUGGUUUUCUGGACUGCUGGUUGGGAUUUAGGAAAGUGUGAUGUGAAUUUGUGUAAUUAUGAAUUAUCAUUAAGUAAUGUGCAGAUUAAUCAUGAAUGAAAAUAAUUUUUAGUUGUAGCCCUAUAAUUAUGCAGUUGUGUGUAAUGGUAAUUAUGCAUGGUGUUUGCUGCACACAGUUGCUCUCUUUAUCCUUUCACUUAACCCUGCAGUAACUCGUCGAGCUCAGAGCCCGAUGGUGACAGCCGGAUGCGUUGACAAAUGGUGAGGUGGGUUCGGGGAAGACCGCCUUGGUUGCAAAGCUGCAGGGGGUUGAAGAGUUCAUGAAAGGGCGUGGCCUGGAAUACCUCUACUUCAGUGUCCAUGACGACGACAUUGAUGACCAAACUAGGUGUAAUGCCUGGGUGUUAGACGGAGACCUUUACCACAAAGGUCUGCAGGGAGUAGCUCUACCAGUGGACUCGAUCGGCAACACGUUGCUGCUGAUAACGGUUGACAUGUCGCAGCCAUGGAAUGCCCUCGACUCUCUCCAGAAGUGGGCGGCCGUUGCUAGGGAACACAUCGACAAACUCCGGGUCGCCCCAGAAACACUGCGGGAGUUGGAGCACAGACUUGUAAAGCAGUUCCAGGAGUACACAGAGCCAGGCAGUGGAGAGGAUGGCACCCCACAGAGGAGGAAUGAUGAGGAGGAGAGUGUGCUUCUGCCUUUAGGAGACAACACACUCACACACAACCUCGGAAUUCCAGUGGUGGUGGUCUGCACUAAGUGUGACGCCAUCAGCACAUUGGAGAAGGAGUACGACUACAGAGACGAACACCUGGACCUCAUUCAGUCUCACAUCAGAUGUUUCUGUCUGCAGUACGGGGCAUCUCUGGUUUACACAUCAGUGAAGGAGAUGAAAAACCUGGACAUCUUGUACAAAUAUCUGGUCCACCGACUCUACGGCUUUGCCUUCAACUACCCGACGCAAGUGGUGGAAAGAGAUGCAGUCUUCAUUCCAUCAGGUUGGGACAAUGAGAAGAAGAUUGCUAUACUUCACGAGAACUUCCAGACAGUAAAAGCAGACGACAGCUUUGAGGACGUAAUAGCUAAACCGCCAGUCAGAAAGAUUGUACAUGAAAAGGAGAUUCAGGCAGAAGAUGACCAAGUGUUCCUGGUAAAACUCCAGUCGCUGCUUGCCAAACAGCCCGCUGUGACUGCGGGGCGACCAGUGGACACCACCAGCAGAGCACCCACCGGCUCACCCAGGACGAGUAAUCGCUCCGCAGCGGCCAACGUAGCAAACGCAAUGCCGCAGUCGGGUCAGACCAGUGAAGGUGUGUUGGCCAACUUCUUCAACAGUCUACUGACAAAGAAAGCCGGCACAGGGGGGCCUGGGACGCCAGGUGGCGGCAACAACACUCCAGGAACAGUACGCAAGUCAGACAUGAACAUAACACAUGGUUCGAAGCUGGGCCUGAGCGAUGUACAGGCAGAGCUGGACCGCAUAUCCAGCAGGGAGACUGAUUCGGACUUGCCCAAUGCCAACGACACCCCUGCCGCCGACGGCCAGGACACAUGAAGACCAACCAACACACUUCACCCCUGCUCUCCUUGUCCCCUCCCCCAACCCUUCUCCACCUCAGUCACCUUCCACCUCCGUUGUUCUUCCUCCCUUCACUCCAUUACAGACAUGCGGGGAGAAAGAGGAAAGUGGGCACACGACUUCUCCUUUCCAUCGUCUUUCACUCACUUUCUCGUCCCGUACUGCUUUUCCAGCACCUUGUCGUCGUCCCCC